GACUUAUAGGUUGACCUACCUUCCCUUCAAAAUCCAUCAUAACAAAUUCUCAGUCCUAGUCGAACGAACACGGAGAGUUUCAUAUACAAUUAUCGAGUCGAAAUUUCUAGUUUAGUAAAAGUAUUAUUUCCCUUUGAUCAAAAUUAAAUAAGUGCACCAUGGAUCAAGACUAUAGUGGUGAAGAUCCCACUAGGGCACCGCCAAUAGGCCAAGUUAACCCGAGCUACAACUUGAACAAUGAGCGUUUAGACUGCGAGCGCAUUGAGGAUAUGACCACAGUGUAUGACUUCAUAGAUAGGCCCUCAUUCGUCACAGUCCUUCUGCGAUUCUUUGGUAAUAUGUUUGUCGACGUAUUUCGGGCGAUCUUUGACUGAAGUUCGCUUCUACUUGUAAAUGCGAGUGUUUUUUGAGAUCAUGUGUGGCCCCCGUUGUGAGAAUAAAGAGUCUGUAAGAAGAGCAA